CCGUUCCGUCGUGAACUGGGACAGCAAGCGCACCUCUUACAGUGUAUGUGUGGCAACAACAUGUCUGUGCCGCUGCUCACCGAGGCUGUGACGGUGUCUGGGACGGAGAAGGAGACCGCUGUGUUGAUCUUCCUUCAUGGGUUAGGAGACUCAGGGCAUGGGUGGGUAGACUCUUUGACAGGGAUCCAGCUGCCCCACGUCAAGUUCAUCUGCCCCCACGCGCCGCCGAUCCCCGUCACUCUCAACAUGAAUACGGUGAUGCGCGCGUGGUUUGACCUCAAGGGUUUGAGUCCCGACUGCCCGGAGGACGAAUCUGGAAUCAAGAAGGCAGCAGACAGCAUCAAGGGUAUAAUUGAACAUGAGGUCAAAAACGGGAUCCCCCCACACCGUAUAAUGCUUGGUGGCUUCUCUCAGGGUGGGGCCUUGUCCUUGUAUACCGCCUUGACCUGCCAGCAUCAGCUGGCCGGCGUUGUGGCUCUCAGUUGCUGGCUACCACUUCACAGGACUUUCCCACAGGCGUCAAGCGGCUUCAAGAACAUCCCGAUCCUGCAGUGCCACGGUGACAUGGACCCCCUGAUCCCAAGGCAGUUCGGAGCCCUGACGGCAGAAAAGCUGAAAUGCAUAGUCGACCCACACAUGGUUGAUUUCAAAACCUACCCAGGGGUCGUUCACUCCUCCUGUCCUCAGGAGAUGGCGCAUGUAAAGGCAUUUAUUGAGAAGUAUUUGCCCCGAAUCUGACAUCACCUCAUCCCCCACCGUGACCCCCUGGGACACUGACCUCUCACCCCUGAUCUGCCAUUCUCCCACAGGAAACAGCCAUGAGCACCCCCUCUUCCACACACAUCGGCAAGCUAACAAACACACGCAUGAAAAAAACACGCACACACAUUUAAUAAUCCACACUGCUAAAAAAAAGAAAAAGAAAUGCUUCUCCAUGCAGUCCAGUCCGACAGCACUCGUACUGAAAAACAGAUUUGUCAAACACACUGAUGUGAUUCUAACAUAAUUAAGUGCUCACACUCACAAGUCUUAGCCUUUCGGAGGGAGAAACAUGACUCACACGAAACAUUCCUGCUGGUUUUAUUUAAACAUCCUCUGUCUGUCGCCUCCACAAAACCUCAGUUUUUCUCCACUUUGACGUAAUUUUUGCUUCAUCUUCACCUCCAGCUGUCACAUUCUCUAAUACUUCCACUGCCACGCCUUCCCCUCUUCCAUUCCUGUGUUAGACUGUAAGAUAAAAAUCAAUAAUGAGUCUAAUAAGCAGGUCAUAACCUUCCUAAUAUGACCAUAUAAGGUGCAGUCAGACUGGACUUCACUUGCAAUGUUGAAGGGACGGGAAUCGUUCUGAUUUUAUUUAUCUCAAUGCCGUAAUAAUUCUGCUGUUUCGAUUCCUGCGUACAAAUAAAAAAGCAGACGCGUUUUCAGAAUCAAUGAUUUCAUUAUCUCUGAAUCUGAACACCUUGUAGAAACAUUUACAGCAUUUGUUUUCAUUUAGAGAGUUUUAUCAUCAUGUUACUGUACAGUUCUCUGGUUUGUCAGUGAAAUUGAUGAACUACACUGCAGUCUCUAUUUACAAACCGAGUGACAGUGACUCACUCUCCUGUCUGAAUUAUCACAAACAAGCACACAAACUGUCACCUCACUCGCCUAUGCAGUGUAUCGCUGUAGUUCAUGGGUGCUAGAGCUGCAAAAUAUUUCAUUUCAGCUUUGAAAAUAGUCACAUCACAGGAUGUGUAAAUGUCAAAUUUACUCAAACAUGUUGUGCUCCAGCUUUUUUGCUGCGUAAUACAGAAGGAAAAAGGAAAAAAAUUAUGACAACUAUCACUUCCAGUCUAUCGGCAUGGCACAUUACACUUUAACACUUCUCAUCAUGGGAGCAUUUCCCUGGAUAAAUGAAAACAUAUUUCUCAAUAUCAGUUGUUUUCCAAUGUUGUGCAGCUCUAAUUUCAUUCAUCGCACAGACCAAUUUUUGCCAAGUACAUGCAACGUUUUACAGAACUGUUGUCGGAUUUUUUGUGAAAAAUUAAGCCGCAAUUUGGACCGUUUCUUUCUCUUCCCAGUGUAAUACUUUUUGUUGCAAGUUUUUGGACAUUUGGACCCGGUUUUCCAUUCCGAGACAUAUUUUCUUCUCAUCGCGAAUUGACCUUCCUACUUUGGUUGAAUCUCAUUGACACCAUGUAGCGGUUUGAUAGAAGAAGUUUGAUGGAGGUUUUCAAUCAAGCAGUAUUUGUUAUUUAUAGUCCUGCACGGUGAAAUAAAACAAGGAGCAGGGAAGAAGUGAUGCUGCCUUGAGUGCAAGGACAUUCUUUAUGACAGUAAAAUAUUUGAUAAAAAAACAUUCCCACGCUACUUCCUGUCCCUUCCCGAUCACAGGAGUGUAAAUUCAGUCUGACUGCAGCUUCAUUCCAGCGUUGGAGUCCCACAGACUCAGGUGCAGGUUUUAGAGCUGGAGCAGCUGGUUUCCUACCACCCCCAUGACCUGCAGCCUGUCCGGGUCUCACAUCUGUAAUCCACCUACAAAGAUCCCCCACCUUUUUUCUUUAUUAUUAAAGCAACAACUAUGAGGGCCUCGUAUUCCUUUUUUUAACGAGUGUGAUUGAACUAUAUGAAGAAAAAUGAACUGAAAUAAAAGAAAACUAAUCAAAUCAAAAAUCUAUUGCCGCACUGUUCUGUUUAUUUCAAAACUUCCACACUUGCAUGUUCAUUACCUCUUUCUGCUUUGUGUGAUUCUUUAUGUUAAGUUACCUCAGCUGGUUUCCUUUUUUAAUAACAUUGUAGGCUUAUAGAUGAACUGAGUGACCGAGUUGCAUGAAAUGAUGCAUCACUUUAGAUGGUUGCAGGCCCGCACAGACUGUACACCAAUGCUGCGUUCCAAAUCGUAUACUUUUUUACUCCUUUUUACUUUUAGUACGCCAUUAAAGAAGGAGCCCUUACUGUUGCAUGCAGUUUACAUACGAUUGGGACACAUUGCGCCUUGAUCUUCUUGCUUGUAUAUGUGUUGCAGCUACUUUCAUGAGCUGUCUGCUGUCUUUUGGCAGCUCAGUCGGUGUGACGCAUCUUCCGGUGCACAGAGGAUUGUUGGUCAGAAUAGCCAGAAAAACAAGCUGCUUGCAUACUGCAAAAUGAAACAAGAUGCAGUAGAACAACCUGGUAUUUGGGGUUUUUGACAUACUAUGCAUUGAGACAUACUAAAUAUUUUUCUUGCAUACUAAAUAGUUUGGCAGUAUGAGCUUUGGAACGCACACCAUGAGUCGCUUCACUGUUCCUCCCACCGACUUUCCUCAUUAAACAUUUCCCCCCCAUUCAAGUGUUCCUGUUUCACCACCACCACCCUCCUCCUCUCCAUCGGUUGAUUCUUUUAAUGGUUUUGUUUGUUUUAAACUCUGGGAAAAACCUGCUUCCUUCUUCCAUAUCUUCUUCCAUGUGACACCAAAGCAGCCCUGAGUUUUAAAACCUUCCGCCACUUAUUCACAUGAAAAUGUAAGAAAAAUAUUCACUUCCUCGCUCCCUCCUUUGGCAACUUACUGUAACCCACUAAUAGAACAUAAAAAGGUCAGAUUUAAAGUUAAACCCCAUGCUAUUAUAGUUAACUUCUUAAAAAUAAAACACACUGGGAGAGCUUUGGCAAGAAGCUGUUCCAACAUAACCGAAGGGUGAUUUUACAAAUAAAAAAUAAAAAAAGUUAAUCUUGAACAACGUGUGAUCCUUGAACAUAGGAGUGUAACUCUGAGGAGUCGUGUGUGCUUAAAAAUAUAUAUAUCAGGUGUUCUGCAUUUUCCUUUGUGAAUGUUAAUUUUGCUCUCAUGAUUAUUUGUUCUAUAUUGCUGUAAUCAAUCCUGAUUUUAAAAAAAAAAAAAGAAAGGAGGGAAGACAUCUGCUUUGAUUGUUGUUGACAAAUCAUUGAAUGUCUCUUUUACCUCCUCAAGUUUUCCUCUGAACCUCUGAUGCAGCCUGUUCACUUUUCACUUCUCUUUAUUUAGUUUAUUUUUCUCCUCUUUGACACCUUCACUGGUCAUUUCUUUUUAAUUAAUAUUCCAACAUUUUUCCAGUGUGACAAUGUCGCACCUUCUCGUGUGUUUUCUCUCCUGGGAUGUAUGUGUUCAUUCUUUAAGCUUUUGAAUAUUUUUUUGUUGUUGUUUAUUGGUUUUGUUGUGUUUUGUCACUGUUGUCAUCUCAUCCUUUAUUUUUUGUCUGUUUGUAAUAAUGAGCAUUAAGAAAACAUGUUUAGAUGAGACUUUGUGGUCUCUCCACUUUUUUUUGGUUUGGUUUCCAAAACACCUGUAUGCGGAAUAAAUGACAAAAAAAAUGUC